AAUCAAUUUGUUAAAUUUUUCAUUUGGUCGCUGUAUGUAAAUGGAGUUUUGAGCAGAUAUAUAUUGAACCUUCAUCCUGGAUCCUUUGCCAUGUAAACAAAUCCAACAGGUCGAAAAAAAUACAACAAUCACAGCAGAAAACUUGUUUACCAUUGUAGGAACAUGCGCACUAGUUUGGCGCUCUUAGCACAGGGAAAUGUCAACAAAAUGAGUUUUGCAAUUGUCAAAGCAUUGAAAACACACUACUCAUCCCUUCAACAGCUUUUAUUCCAUAUGCGAAUUGUCUUCUAAAGUAAAAUAAUCGAUUUUACACACGAAGAGAAGUAAACGAAUUUUGGUUGCAGCUAAAAGAUAUUCUGGAGAAAUUAUUUUGUAAUUCACACACACAAAAUUAAUAAAAAGGCAAUUUAAAUAUUUAUUUUUGUCUGCCGUUAUUUAGUUUGGAGUUUGAAAACGAAUCCAAUAAUGUUACUGAUGGUGAAGUUCAAUUGAGUGAACAAAGCGUAAUAUGUCAAAACCUCCAAUGGACACAUCGGGGCUUGGUUACUCCUACCAUCUACCUUCAGGUGGUUUGUUAUUACGUCUGAAAAAUUCCCUUUCACAAUUCAGCGACCUCUUCAGUGAGUUCAACAAAUACAUAGCACCCGCUUAUUACCAUGACCGUUGUGAACGGUCCGUACACAUGCGACUUUAUUCUAUGCACAAGCGUGAGUUUGUGAUGGUAUUCAUGAGUUUCUUCACCUGCUUUGGGCUGGCUAUAAUAAUUGGAUUAACGGGUCCUCCUAUCACCAGCACAACAGAAGUUAGUGCACAAAGCAUUUUGGUCAACACAACGUUAUCAACUAGUAAGACUGUGUUAUCCACUGGUCCUUUCGCUAUGAAAACUCCUCUCAUGACAACAUAUAAGCAGCAGCUAUGGCUUAUUGCAAAAUUUUUUACAGAUAAUAAUGACGAUGAAAGAUAUGACAAAAGCUUUCACGUAAGCGUUGCUAUUGAUGGUAUUACAGAGCAACACAAACCAGAGAGCAUAUUGAGUGUGAAUUCAAUACGAAACCGAACACGACACUUAAACUGUGUACGAAAUGACUGUGAAGAGUUUACAGUACUUCAUUUAGGAUUCUUGGAAUACGCACACUAUGUAGUUACAAUACGUUUCUAUGGAUUGGAAUCUUUCCAUAAAAAAUACAAUAUAAGAGCAAUCACAUUUUAUUUUAAAACCUACAGUCCAGAAUUUACCCAAAUUGAAAUAUGGUUUCGUUUUAUAUUCUUGUUGUUAAGUUUUAUAGUCAUUUGUUGGUAUGCGCACACGCUACGGAAGUACCCCAUCUAUGACUGGUCGAUUGAACAGAAAUGGAUGUCUGUUUUGUUGCCGCUUCUGCUUCUUUAUGACAAUCCAUUCUUUCCCAUGAUAUUCCUGAUGAACUCUUGGUUCCCGGGUAUGUUAGAUGCGGUGUUUCAGGCUACUUUUCUCUGUGCGUUACUCAUGUUUUGGUUAUGUGUUUACCAUGGCCUUAGACAAAAUGAAAGGCGCUUUUUACGCUUCUAUUUGCCAAAAAUUAUCGUAGUUUUGCCGAUCUGGUUAUGCGCAAUUGUACUUGCAACGUGGGAAAAGUGCAAUGAAUUACGGGAUCCCACCUACAGUCACUUUGUCGAUACGAAGAACUACAAUGGCUUUAAGAUGUUUUUCUACGUUGCGGGAUGUAUGUAUAUUUUGUACCUUGCACUACUGGUGCUGAGAGCGUACACGGAAUUAAGAUCGAUGCCAUUCUUUGAUAUGAGGUUAAAGUUCCUUACACUACUGAUGCUGUUCGUACUAUCUAUUUCUUUAAGCGUCACUACAUGUCGAUUUGGUUUUGGCAUUUUGGAGGAUAAUUUUGUCGCUUCACUUAACACUACAUACCGUAGCUCUGCACAAUUCAUGUGCUUCUACGGCCUUCUUAAUUUUUACUUGUUUACGAUGGCUUAUGUGUAUUCACCAAAUGAACAUUUUGCUCAAGCGGAUAUACACGUGACCAAAGACAAUCCAGCCUUUUCGAUGAUUAACGAUUCAGAUGAAGAAGUCGUCUAUGGCUCGGAAGAUGAGUCGAGACGACCUCUAACAGUUGGUACUAAAAACGAUUAUGACAGCGAUUAA